CUUUGCCUGUGUUUAUAUAUUUAUUAUAAUAAAAAAAAUAAAAAAUAAAAAAGAUGAGGCUAUUUUAUUUGUCUCUGUUUACUUUACUUCAAUUGACUUUAUUAAUUGAAGCAAAUGAACAUUUACUUUUUGAAGCUGUAAAACCCACUAUUACACUAACACAAGAUGACGGACAACCAACCCAUGUCUCUUCACGUAAAGAUACCCAUGAUGACCAACACGUUAAAACCCAAGUCGAUGUAGUUUAUACAACCAUCAUCGUUGCCGCCACGCCUUCUCUACCUGUAUUUUAUAAUAUAUCCGGUACGAAUCCAGCCCAGCAACAACAACAACAACAACAACAACAGGCUAGUCAGACGGCAGCCAGUGAUCCCAACCGACAAAAUUCAGUCAAGGAGGAUUUGGAAAAGGACAAACAGGCCUUGAAAAGAAUGAGUACGAUUUUAUCGCUAGUCGGUGGAUUAGGCGUGAUAGCCAUUGUUGCAACCAUUGUAAUUUUCACACGAAUGAGAAGAAGACACCGAAAACAACGAGAGAGUGAUGAGGAAGGAAAUGAAGGAUCAACCUAUGAAUUAAGUGGAGAAGCAGACCGAGCAACGAUAACUGAUUCGAGUAUUCCAGGUGGCAGUAGUGGCGACGGCGGUGCUAGAUCCAUUGCGUCUUCCUCAACUCAUUCAUUAGUGGAUACACCCUUAAUGGAACCAUCUGCCCCACCUGCUUUAUCUAUUGCAGAAGAUCGACAUUCACUCAUUAGCAAGCAAGCACAACAACAAAACCGACGCACUGUCAUGUCCAUCAGUUCUCAAGCAACAGCACCAAGUCCGUCUGCACCGACUGCCAAAGAAUUAGACGGUAUGGAGGAUGAAGGCUUAGGCCACAGUCAUGAUCAUGCCACGACUUCUGCAGCAACAAACUGUAGUCGAUGUACAGUUACACCGGAAUUACCACCGCCCGCUUACACACCGAGUGCACCACCUCACUAUGCUCUACCUGUUGAACCAACAAUAAUGGAAUCAAGGAGACAUUCCUUGGGAGGAUAAAAAUAAUACUGGUAUUUUUUUCCCUCUUAUUGCCUAUACCCCCCCCCCCCCCCUUACACACACACACAUCCCUUUCUUUGUAUAUUUGUAUUAUUAUUGCUUUUACUCCCAUCCUCCCACCCCCCAUUUAAUCUAUAAUCUUGUUGUUGUUGUCUCAUAGCUCAUGUUGUCUCCUCUUCCUUCGUCCCCUCCCCUUUUUUUAUAUGUAAAAAAAAAAAAGUAUAUAAAAAUGGAUAUUAAAUACAAAAAAAAAAAAAC